AUGUGUGAUACGCAGAUAAUAUGCUGCGAUAACGUCGAUGGCUCGUCGAAAAACGAAUUGGAUUCGGUGAAUCUAUCCCUGCACUCAUCUCCUACAAAUAGUACUGUGGAUAUUUCGGUUUUAAUAAAGAAAGCAAUGGAACCGCUUUUAGAGGAAAUCAAGUACCUUCGAGCAGAGAUUAUUUCCCUCAAAGAAAGUAACAUCGACCUGGUUAAAGUUCUAACCAGCGCUAAUGUAUCAGAUAAUAAAUCGCUUUUCUCCUCAAAAUUGAAAAAAGUGGACCCUAUUCCAUCGUCAUACUUUGGACAGAAAAGAACUGAACCAAUGUCGAAAAAACCAGGUUUUAUUAUAAGUAAUCAUGAGAAAUUGCAUACAAGAAACGAAAAUAUAAGAAAUGAUGAUAAAGGGUGUAAACAAACAUCAGCUGUUCCUCAGACGCCUCCCUCUCGCACUUGGCAUUCGGAAGUAGAAGACAGUCUCUCGAACGUCAGCGUUGAAGAAAAAUGGAGCGUACCUCGACGUUCGCGAAGAAAUAGGAAGAAGCAGCCUCCGCCCAUAAUAGGAACGUCCGUUGCUGCAUCGGCAUCGGAGAGUAAUUUCAAGUCAACAUAUGUGAAGAAAGCCUGGUUUUAUGUCGGCAAGGUUAACAAAGAGACAAGCAGUGAUGAUGUCAAAUCAUACAUUAGUGGAAAGCUCCCCUCGGAUGAAGUGACGGUGGAUAAGCUUAAUACUCAAGGAUCCUACCAGUCUUUCAGGGUUGGUGUGAAGUUCGCCUACAAAGAUACCCUAGAAAACUACCUAAGCUCAAUAAAUGGGAUGAAAGGCAACAUUGUGCUGGAUCCCAACGGUUCUGAUCAGGAAAUCCCAAAAUUCUCUGUCUAUUAUCAGAACACCAGAGGCAUCAGAUCUAAGCUUAGUGACAUCUAUUGUGAAGUAUUAGGAGAGAACUUUUGUGCCCUGGCUUUCACUGAAACCUGGCUAUCACCAGACAUACACAGCAGCGAAAUAUUAGACACCAGGUAUAAUGUUUUUAGGAACGACCGUAAUGCUCAAAAUAGUUCUAAAAGUCGCGGUGGAGGUGUUCUCCUAGCAAUAAACAACAAAUAUAAAUGUUCGCAAGUGUCUAGUGAGGACUCAGUGACUGAACAGGUGUGGGUGAAAGUUUCUAUCCCCUCACGCUCUCUCAUCAUAGGUUGCAUAUACCUGCCUCCCAAAUCUGCUGUCGAAACUUACAAUGCACAUAUGCUGUCUGUUCAGAGUAUCUGCGAUUUAAAUCCAAACUGUGACAUAGUAGUCGUCGGCGAUUUUAAUCUGCCAAAUAUUGUAUGGACUCACGAGCCAGAUUUCGAUGGGCUUCUUCCAACCAAUAUUACAAAUGAAUGCGAAAUUUGUGUUUGUGAUAAUUAUUUUAAUUUGUGUUUUAACCAGCUCAACAACAUUGAAAACGCUAAUGGCAAAAUUCUUGAUCUAUGUUUCUGUAACUGCAGUGGCAUCGAAUUGGUAAAAUGUGCCGCUAUUUCUAAACUUGAUGUUUACCACCCUUGUUUUGUUGUGUAUCUAGAUAGUUACCAGGAUAAUUUAUUAUACAAUAGUAUCGAUUCCUUUUACAAUUUCAAACGAGCAAACUAUGAAGAAAUAGGCAGGUUUUUAAGUAACAUUAGCUGGCUAGAAAUUUUUUCAUCCGCCUCUAAUGUUAAUGAGGCACUUGACAGUUUAUAUUCUUUUCUGUAUCAAGCAAUUGUUCUGUUCGUUCCUGUUAGUUAUAAAUUUAAAUCAACCUACCCCGCAUGGUUUAACUCCCGUUCAAUAUCAUUAGUUAAAAUGAAAAAAGCUGCCCACAAACAGUACAAAGCUAGUAAAAGUGGUGCGGACUAUUUAAAAUUUGACAAGUUGAGAAGCCAGUGUAAGGAGAGCAUAAAGGCAUCUUACACAUCGUAUUUAAAUAAUUUAGAGACGGACUUAAAAAGGUACCCAAAGAAAUUCUGGAAAUUUAUCAGAACUAAAACGCGAACAUCUUUACCUCCACAGAUGAAAUAUAGAGAGUCCAUUUUAACUAGUGAAACUGAUAUUAGCAAUGCCUUUAUGGACUACUUUUACUCGGUGUAUGACGACUCCAAAUUUGUAAAAUCUCACUUAAAGUCGGACAUUUCUGUAGAUCUUAGUAUUAUCACUAUACACGCUUGCGAAAUAGAUCUUGCCUUGCGAAAUCUAGAUGUCACCAAAGGCUGCGGUCCUGACGGCGUACCACCUGUUUUACUCAAAAAUUGUAAGGACAGUCUAGUACUACCAUUGCAUGUUUUAUUCAAUAUGUCAUUAAGUUCAGGCAUUUUCCCGGCAGCAUGGACGCAUGCCUAUUUAGUCCCGAUUUUCAAAUCUGGAUCAAUAACAGAAAUUGUCAAUUACCGCCCUAUUUCGAUUCUCUCUUCUGUUAGCAAGGUAUUCGAGAGAGUUGUUUGUUCGAAGGUUACUCCCCUUUUGAGAAAUGUUUUAGUGGAAGAACAACACGGGUUUUUUCAACGUCGAUCUACAAUUACUAACCUAAUCGGCUAUGUUAAUUUUAUCAUCAACGCGAUAGGCAAAGGAUCUGAGGUACACGCGAUAUAUACAGAUUUUAGCAAAGCAUUCGACAAGGUGAAUCACUAUAUCCUUAUUCAAAAGUUACAAGCUUAUGGUAUUGCCGGAAAUUUACUUGAAUGGUUUAAGAGUUACUUGAGCGAAAGAACCCAGCAGGUCAAAAUUGGGAACUGUUAUUCGCGCGUGCAAACAGUGCCGUCCGGAGUGCCUCAGGGCUCAGUAAUUGGCCCCAUCCUUUUCUCGGUCUUUAUUAACGAUAUCGGCUACAAUUUUAGAUGUAACUUCCGAUUGUUCGCCGAUGACCUGAAAAUAUAUAAUGUUAUACAUUCAGAUCGCGACGUCCAAGCACUACAAUCUGACAUCGAUGCAUUACAUAAAUGGUGCACGCUUAAUACCAUGUCACUGAACUCAGAUAAAUGCUUUGCAAUAAAUUUUAGUAGGAAACUCUCUUCAUCAAUUCCUAAAUAUAUGCUCAAUAACACAAAUUUGGCUUUGAAGCCGGUAGUUAAAGACCUAGGUAUUCUACUUGAUAACAAACUUUCGUUUAGAUCGCACUAUGACUUCAUUGUUAACAAAGCAAAUCGAUCACUGGGUGCAGUUAAAAGACAUUGCAGAGGCUUUCGGAAUAUCGCAACGCUCUCGACCUUAUAUGUGUCUAAUGUAAGAUUUAUUCUCGAAUACGGUUGCUUAAUAUGGUCUCCAUAUUAUCGCACACAUGAGGGGAGAAUCGAAUCUGUGCAAAUUAAAUUUAUUAACUUCAUAAAAAGUAGACUACCUUCAUUUGUACGCCAAGAUAUUGCCCUAUGCAGGGACUACCUCGGCUUCUCUUUGCUAAAGAGAAGGAGAGAAUUUUUUGCUCUAUGCUUUAUGUACAAGUUAUUCAACAAUUUGAUUGAUUCACAGGACAUAUUAGGCAACAUUCAGCUGUAUGUCCCUCAAUAUCCUACUAGGAAUAUGCCUGUAUUUAAGAUUGCAUCCGCCAAAACCAACUAUGCACUUAAUUGCCCGUUAAACGCAAUAUCCCAUGCAUGUAAUAAGUAUGGUGACAAACUAGAUUUUUUUUCUGCACCGUUUUUGUAUACUGGGACUACAAACGCGUGUUUCCAUGUAUCAGGGAAGACUCCUGAUGAAAGAGAAAGAUUAAAUAAAAUUUGCAAAGGCAAGACAAGAGCUUCAUGA